CUUAGUGGGCACAAAAUGUCAUUAUCGGUCGUAGGAAAGGUCAAACCAAUAAAAACAGAAGCAUAUCAAUAUCAUAGAAAUGAUCGUCCCUGUUAUCGUUAAACUGCCGCGCCCGCGUUUUGAGAUUCUUACGGAAGCCUCCAACUCUUUGAAAUUCACAAUUGGAUAAUCCAAUCCAAUACGAUAUCCAUAUCCUAUAGGAGUAUAUUUCUACUAUCCUACGCCUCUGUGUUUACUGUUCUCACCAAUUUUCUUUGGACCAAUCUAAAGUAGUACUACUCUAGUUCUUUAACCAAUACAAUUAAACGUGCGCCCACUGCGCACUUUAUUAUUAACCACUGUUCGGCGGCCGGUAACAAGCUUUCAUACUUGCUGAUUGCAUUUUUUUAAGCUUUGUGAAUUCCGACGUCUGCGAGAUUUAGAAAUGGGGAAGAAACAAGUGAUGUUACCGGCGAGUGAAGUUGAUUUGACAGCGGUGAAGUACAUACCGGAAAAUAUUCAAGCUCCACAUUUGACUGGUGCCUGGUUCAAGUUUUUCGUGAAGCUGAUUGAAGCACCGGUUAUUGGAUCUUUGAUUAUGAAUCACCUCAAGAAUGAAAACAAAAUUAAUGAGAUGUUGAGAUACACCGUCAUACCGGAGAUUCCUAUGUUUAAACCCGAAUUUCCUCCUCAAGAGCCAGAACUUGAAGUUGUCGACCUGGAAGAAGACGGAAAGCCUGAAGAGCGAGUUGAGCUAGCCUUAAAGUGUCUUCCAGAAUAUGAUCCAUCUAGCAAUUGGAGCGGUGAUUCAACUGCAUCAUUCCGCUAUUGGAAGAUUCGUGAUUAUGCAUAUGCAUACAGAUCUAAGUUUACUACUCCAUCUAUGGUUGCAGAGCGCUUCAUCUCAGCCAUUGAGGAGUUCAACAAUAAGAAGCCCCCAGCACCACUGUUAAUUUCUUUUGACCCAGACGAAGUGAGAAAGCAAGCUGCUGCUUCUACACAAAGAUUUGAACAAGGGAAUCCACUGUCAAUCUUGGAUGGGAUUUUCAUGGCAAUCAAGGAUGAUAUUGAUUGCUAUCCUCACCCUUCGAAGGGAGCAACAACAUGGAUGCAUGAGGUUCGUGAGGUAAAGAAGGAUGCUGUUUCUGUGUCGAGAUUACGAAGUUGCGGUGCAAUUUUGGUUGGAAAGGCAAACAUGCAUGAGUUGGGCAUGGGUACUACUGGAAAUAACGCAAACUAUGGGACUACAAGAAACCCACAUGAUCCCGAUAGGUAUACAGGAGGGUCUUCCUCAGGCCCUGCAGCUAUUGUGGCUUCAGGACUGUGUUCCGCUGCUUUGGGGACGGACGGAGGAGGUUCAAUUCGAAUUCCUUCUUCCCUUUGUGGUGUUGUGGGCUUGAAGUCAACAUAUGGUCGAAUUGACAUGGAAGGGUCACUGUGUGGUGCUGGAACAGUGGAAGUAAUCGGACCAAUCACUGCAACAGUUGAGGACACCAUACUUGUGUAUGCAGCAAUUUUGGGAUCCUCUCCUGUUUAUAGAAUCUCUUUGAGACCGAACCUCCCUUGUGUACCUGAUUUAUCUUCACAACAGAGCUCACAAUCUUUGGAAUCACUGCGCCUUGGAAAAUAUACAGAGUGGUUUAAUGAUGUAUUCUCAGUUGAUAUUUCUGACAAGUGUGAGAAUGUUCUUAGUCGACUAUCUGAAAAGCAUGGAUGCAAAACGGUAGAGAUUGUAAUACCAGAGUUGCAUGAGAUGCGGACAGCUCAUAUUGUUUCUAUCGGGUCUGAAUGUUUAUGCAGCAUGAAUCCAGACUGUGAAGAUGGGAAAGGACCAAGAUUGACAUAUGAUACUCGCACCAAUCUGGCACUUUUCCGUUCAUUUACAGCAGCAGAUUAUGUUGCUGCUCAGCGACUUAGGCGGAGGAUAAUGUAUUUCCAUUUGGAGAUUUUCAAGAAGGUGGAUAUCAUUGUGACACCUACAACCGGCAUGACAGCGCCCAGAAUUCCACCAAGUGCUCUUAAUGUUGGGGAGACUGAUUUGCAAGUUUCAGGAAAUCUUAUGCGGUUUAUUAUAGCAGCAAAUCUUCUCGGACUUCCUGCAGUUUCUGUCCCUGUUGGUUAUGACAAGCAAGGGCUUCCCAUAGGUAUCCAACUCAUAGGCCGACCCUGGUGUGAAGCUUCCAUUUUGCGCUUGGCUGCUGCCAUUGAGGAAACUUGUGCUGAGCCCAAGAAGAAACCACUGCAAUUUCAUGACAUUUUGAAAGGGAACUAGAAAUCAAGCUUAUGGCCUUGGAAGCUCAGGAUAAUGGUAACACGAGUCAUGAAACGUGGAUUUAUUUAUCCGGCUUUUGGUGAUUUACAGAAACAAUGAACUUGAAACUUUUGUCUUUUUCAAAAUGAUCUUGAAACUGACUGUACCGAGUUUGAGGUACCACAUAAUGAAAUAAUGCUGAUAUUUCUCCAGCAGAAGUAACGGCCACCUUCCCCUUCUA